UGUAUAGGUAUGUUGGUAAAAUCUUUCGUCAAAUCUAGGGGGUUUUUAACCCCUUAAAAUUAUACAGAAAGUAGAACUUUCUAAUGCACAUGGUUUUUAAUUUCAAUGGUUGUUCGUAAGAUAAUGAAAAAGAAAGGUUUUCGUCGCGGGUCGAGAGACAAAGAGCAAGUGUGGCGGGAAAAUUGAAUUCUAAUUUAGAUGAAGCUAGUUAUGGUCUUUUUCGUUAACCGCCUUAAAAUAUUAUCAAAAAACAAUGCGUAUUCUUAAUGUCGCCGAGAAAAAUGAUGCCGCUAAGGAGCUGUCGAGGAUUAUGUCUCGUGGACAAGUCAGAAGGAGAGAGGGAUUUUCCAAGUUUAACAAGAUUUACGAGUUUAAUUAUAAUAUUCUCAACACGAAUGCACAGAUGGUCAUGACCUCAGUUUCAGGUCACCUUAUGGGACUUGAGUUCAAUCAAGCUUAUAGGAAAUGGAGCAGUUGUUCUCCUUUGGAAUUGUUCAGUGCUCCUGUAGUUAAGAUGGUACCAGAAGACUUUCAAAAGAUUAAGAGGACAUUAGAACGUGAAGUGCGAGGUUCGCAAGCCCUCAUCAUAUGGACUGACUGUGAUAGAGAAGGAGAAAAUAUUGGCUUUGAGAUCAUUGAAGUGUGUACGAAAGUUUGUCCAAGAAUCAAGCUCUAUAGAGCAAGAUUUUCCGAAAUAACUCCCCAGUCAGUCAGUAGAGCAUGUGCUAAUCUUAUUGCUCCCGAUAACCUGCAGUCAGAAGCUGUGGAUGUCAGAAUUGAGCUGGACUUGAGAAUUGGUGCUGCAUUCACUAGAUUUCAAACCCUCAGACUACAGAAAGUUUUUCCUGGUGUCUUGAGUGACCAACUCAUAAGCUAUGGCAGCUGUCAAUUCCCUACCCUUGGAUUCGUUGUUGAUAGGUAUAAACAGGUUCAACAGUUUGUUCCUGAGCAGUUCUUCAAAAUAAAAGUCACCCAUGAAACACCAACAGCAAAAGUAGAUUUUGUAUGGAAAAGAGGAAGAUUGUUCCUUCAUACACCCUGCCUUAUCCUUUAUCAAAUGUGUCUAGAGAAUCCAACAGCAGUCGUUACAAAUACUUCAUCUCGUCCCAAGAGCAAGUGGAGGCCGCUGCCUUUGGAUACGGUGGAAUUAGAGAAAUUAGCAUCAAGGAAACUGAGGAUUAGUGCCAAAGAAACCAUGAAGAUUGCCGAGAAACUCUACAAUCAGGGGUUCAUUAGCUAUCCACGUACUGAGACAAACAUCUUCCCACAAUCAUUAAACCUCACGGAGCUGGUUGAAAAACAAACUGAAGAUGCGAACUGGGGAGCUUUUGCCUCAAGAGUGCUUGCUGAUGGUCCACACCCCAGACAAGGCAAGAAGACUGAUAAUGCACAUCCUCCCAUUCACCCUACCAAAUACACUGGUAACUUGCAGGGUAAUGAAAAACGACUAUAUGAGUUUAUUGUGAGGUACUUUCUUGCUUGCUGUUCCAAGGAUGCUGUUGGUCGAGAAUCAAGCGUGGAUAUCGAGAUAGCGGGAGAAAAGUUCACAGCAACUGGACUGAUGAUACUUGAGCGGAAUUACUUAGAUGUCUAUCCAUAUGACAAGUGGAGCGACAAGACAAUUCCAGUAUAUGACCAAGGCCAACAAUUCCAGCCAUCUUCGAUCGAGAUGGUUGAUGGAAUGACAUCCCCUCCGCCAUUGCUCUCUGAAGCUGAUCUGAUCGCUCUGAUGGAAAAACAUGGUAUAGGUACUGACGCCACCCACGCAGACCAUAUCGAGACAAUAAAGAGCAGAUCGUACGUCGGUGUCCAGGCUGAUGGUACAUUCCUUCCUGGACAGCUAGGCAUGGGACUGGUUGAAGGUUAUGAUUUAAUGAAAUUUGAGUUCUCAAAGCCCAGAUUACGAGCAGAGCUUGAGGCUGAUCUGAAAAGAAUUGAAGAUGGCUCUAAAAGGGGUGCAGUUGUUUUACGCGAGCAAAUUGCUAAAUACAAGGAGAGUUUCGUCAAAGCAGCGCAGGAGGCCUUAAAACUUGAUCAGGCUUUGUCGGCCUAUUUUGGUAAUCCAGAGGCUUAUACAGAACCCGCGAUAGAGCCGCAAAUCGCCAACCCCCAAGUCAGAUUAUGUCCAAGAUGUAAACAAGAACAAAUGGUUUUAAGAAAGACUAAAGAAGGAAAUUAUAUGAUAGGAUGUCUUGGUUUUCCCAACUGUCGAGCAUCAAUAUUUUUACCCAAGUUCGUAUUAGAAGCAGCAGUCGAUGAUUCCAUCUGUCGUGUGUGUGGACCGGGUGACGUAUACCGACUACGAUUUACCUUCAAAAGAGGAUCAGUACCUCCAAUGUUACCACUACAGUACACUAGCUGUAUAGGAGGAUGUGAUGAGAUGUUACGUGAGACAUUAGACAUCAAAGAUAUAUCCAACGUUACUCAACCAUCGAGAGGUUCAUCUCAAACCACAAGAACAUCACAGCCAGCCAGACAAACCAACUCGUCUUCAAGCGCCAACCCUGGACGAGGAAGAGCGGAUAGAGGAAGAGCAGACAGAGGAAGAGCAGACAGAGGAAGAGGAAAAGGACGUGGAAACCAAACUACCACCACAACAAAUGGAAGCCAAAAUAACUCGUUUAACCAGACAAACCAGUUUGACAGGAAUACCCAGAAUUAUAUACGCCAGUCCAGUUUUAAUGGCGGUGGUUUUGGAGGGAGUGGUAACACGUGGAGUGGAAGUAGUUCAAGAGACUCAGGAUUUGGAUCAGGAAGUAGUUUUGACUCGUUCAGUUCCAAUCCAACGGAUGAAAACGCAGUUGUUUGUGGUUGUGGACAUCCUGCCACUUUACUUACUGUCAAGAAGGAGGGUCCUAAUAAAGGACGUCCUUUUUAUCGAUGUUCACAAAGAGAUGGUGKCUGUGACUUCUUUCUAUGGGGAGAUGACGGUGCCCCAGCCAACAACACGGCUAGUGGCGCACCUUUUGGGUCUCAACCUCCAAAUAGAAACACCAGUUGGAACAAUAAUGGGGGUUUUCAAGAUAGUAAUUCCAAUCAAGGGUUCGAUGAUCCUAACCAAACAGUAUGUAACUGCAACGAGCCGGCGGUCAGUCGAACCGUGAAAAAAGACGGUCCCAAUCAAGGGCGUCAAUUCUACGCUUGUCCAAAGCCCAUGGGCCAAGGCUGUUCAUUCUUCCAAUGGGCAGAUCAGGAUGGAGCACCCCAAAGCAGAGGAUUUGCACCCACAACUGGGCGUGGUUCAAGGGGAGCGAGAGGCAGUAGCCAGGGAAGAGGAUGGACAGGGUCGAACGGGAGAGGAACGAGUGGAGGACGAGGGGGUAGGAAACGGAAAUGUGGAAACUGUCAUCAGGAAGGACAUACCAAGAAAACAUGUCCGGAGAAAAUAUGAUGAUUAUUCUGGAAAACGUGAAUAACGGUUAAGAUAUAUUUUUUCUUGGUCUUAUUUGAAUAGCAAUAAGAAAAAUAUAAGAGUAUUCUAUUUAUCUGAGGAAAAUGUUGCAACAGAAUUAAGCUGUGUUGACCUUCAUAAGAAAGUCAAGGUCAACCAAAUCACAUUUUGGAAUUCUGAAAAUUAGAUUUAUACGCUUUUAAUAACAAAUAUUGCAUUUUUUUACAUAACCUGGUUGAUUCGGGUAUGUUCGAAUCCUUCGUUUGAACAUGACGUCAUAGCCGCCAUCUUGGCUCAAACAACAUGGCCGCCGUAUCUUUUGUUACUUCACUCCCAUGGGAAUGAUCGAAAGCCAGCAAUCGUCCCUUUGCACGCUGGCGCCAUUAGUCUACGACUUCCAAAAUGCUUCGCGAUCUUUGUUCCUUAUUCAAAAUUGUAUUUUCUCAUAAUACCUGUAGCUGUGAGAGGAUUGGUAUUAAUUAACUGAACAGAUGAAAGUGUGCAAUGGAUAGUUGUAGUCGUAGUUAAUGACACCAUAAUGCYUAUGUCCUAUCCCAUGUUCUAUUUUGAUACACUGGUUUGUCAUGAAUGUGAAUUUUGAUUCUUAUAUGAUGCAGUUUGCUAUUUUAAAUUUGCAAUAAAUAUAUUAAACGAAAACAGUCAAUUCAUUGUUGUAUUUCACUUG